AGGGGUCCGGGCUCCAUCGAUUCCACGUCUCGAUUUCAAUCCAAAUCCACCAAAUCCCAACCCACUCAAGGCCUAGUAGUAUAAAUAUGAGAGACUAGGAAGAAGCUCAGACUGAGAAAUCCUCUCCAUUUUGUCCGUCACUGCUACUGCUACUGCUGCUGCUGCUGCUACUACUACUACGCCCCAAAGGGACUCUCUCUCUCUCUCUCUCUCUCUAGACAGUAGACAUCAUUUCACUACCUUUGCCCCUUUCUUCUUCUUCUUCAGUACCAUCAUCAAGAACCCUAGAUCCCUUUCCUUUUGAGCCAGAACGGAAUCAGCCCUAGGAGGAGCUUUCCAUCCAUGGCGCAAGGCUCGGAUUCAGCCUCUGAAACCCUAGAUUCAUCUCUCUCCCUCGCGGAUCACGCCGACGCCGGAGAUCGCCAUCUUCAGCCGCCGUCUUUGACGUCCGAUCCAGCUCUCUCUCGGAACGCGUCCUUCAGUCGACUCAACGCCCAGGCGCCUGAGUUCGUGCCUCGCAGCCCCUCCCCGUCCCCGUCAUCUUCUCCGGCACCUUCGGUGCCUCGGGCCGAAGUGGCUCAGCCCAGGAUCGCACAGGCUCCCCCUCCCGGGCUGGUCCACGUCUACCCGGGCCCCAAUUCUGCUUUCCACGUCCCGAUUCAUGGAGCUCAUGUGGCGGUGCCGGUUCAGAACCAUCAUCAUCAUCCCUAUCCUCACCGCGUUCCGGUUCAGUAUCAUAACCACAACCACCACCACCACCAUCACCAACACCAUCAUCCACAGUACUAUCAUCAGGAAGUUGCUGUUCAAGCCCAGCAUCAGGGUCCUACUGAGCUGACUAACGUCCCUGCUCUUAAAAAUGGCCUCCCCGAGGAAGCUACUCAGAAGAUUAUAAAUCAGGUGGAGUAUUAUUUUAGUGACCUAAAUUUGGCUACUACCGAUCAUUUAAUGAGGUUUAUCAACAAAGAUGCCGAAGGAUAUGUGCCAAUAUCUGUUGUUGCGUCAUUUAAGAAGAUUAAAGCCCUUAUAAGUAGUAAUUCUCAGCUUGCUAGUAUUCUGCGGAACUCGGCAAAGCUUGUGGUUAGCGAAGAUGGGAAGAAGGUCAAGCGUCAGAACCCCCUGACUGAGUUAGAUAUGGAAGAGUUGCAAUCUCGCAUAGUGGUUGCCGAAAAUUUACCUGAAGACCAUAGCCAUCAGAACCUCAUGAAGAUUUUCUCUGCAGCAGGGAGUGUGAAGACAAUUCGUACUUGUCAGCCUCAGACUUCCAAUAGUGGGGCAUCUUCAGUAUCUAGAUCUGGAAAAGUGGACAGCAUGCUUUUCAGUAAUAAAUUGCAUGCUUUUGUGGAAUACGAGUCUGUUGAACUGGCUGAGAAGGCAGUUGCAGAGCUGAAUGAUGAAGCUAACUGGAGGAGUGGUCUCAGAGUUCGCUUGCUACUUAGACGCCCAGCAAAGGCUGCCCAAGCACGGGGGAGGAAAUUUGGGCAUGAAGGUGAUGCCAACUGUGAGGAAGAUGAUACAUCUACAUCAGAGCUGCCUCAGCAGAAUGAGAAGCACUUGGAAGAUCCUUCUCAACAAUCUGAUGCACAAUCACAUGAGUUUCCAGGAGAGGAGCAUGCAAAUGACAGGGAGGGUGGGCAGAGAAGGGGACGGGGCCGUGGGCGGGGCAGGGGCCGUGGGCGGGCUGCAUACCAUCAAAAUAACCGAGGAAGCCAUGUAGGAAGCCCCCUUCCAAGUCAUUCUGCCAAUGCAGAGCAGCAGGCAAGCAACACCUCGAAGCAACCUCCGGGGCCUCGCAUGCCAGAUGGGACCAGGGGAUUUUCUAUGGGUCGGGGGAAACCGCUUGCUGUUAAUAUUGCAUAGAUAAUAAUAAGACUGCGUGACAUCGGAUGAAAGGUGGAAAGUCAAUGUCCCAGUUGGUGUGUGAAAUGUGUCUUCUGUUGUUAUCUUAUAAUAUUUUGUUCUUGUUCUGGGCAACUUGAUGCCAAUGUUCUCUAAGGAGCUGUCGGUCCGUUUUCCUUUUUUGUUUUUGUACUUUUGGGCCUUCCCCUUGUGGGUUUUAUUGAUGUAGAAAGCGUAGGCAUAAUGUUGGGUAUCAUCCACAUUAUAUAUAUAUAUAUGCGUGUGUGUACUUGUGGAAAUCCAUAUUUAGAGAUCCACAA